CGUCAGAGAGCCACUGCCAGGGAUGCACCAGGGAGAGCAUUGCCAGGGGGGGGCUAGGAGGUAUUGCUAGAGCUCUCUGUGUGCCGCGCAGCUCGUCAAGCGCGUACCGAUCCUACCACCACUGGCAGUCAUCCACUUCCCCGGAGCAAAGUUCCAACAGCUUGCCGUCCACCACGUUGCCAGGGUCGAAUGUCGAAUGGACUGCAUCAACAGAGGUCCACGUUUUUACUGCAGGCUCCAUUGUCAGCCGUCGAGUCGACCCGUUGGGAGGGGCUUGGCUCUCUAAUGGGGAAGUCGCGAUGCACACCGGGGCCCGGCCGGCAAGCCACCAAGACUCGAUCUCGACGCGCCAGAUACGGAAGGCGCAAUGCUCGCAGUAUAGGGCUAAUGUCCCGCACCAGGUGGACUCGCCUGAAAAUUGUGCACAAGACAUCCCAAACGACAAGACGCACAAAAUGGAGCAACUGAACAACGCUCUCGCGUCACUGCAGGCCCGCUUGGUGCGGCUCGACCAUGAUGGCAUCACGCGGAUGCAUGCGGAUCUCAGGCGAGCGUUUGUCCUCGAAGCUCAGGACUUUGCGACCAUGGCAAGCACAUUGGUGGUCCAAUUGGCCGCCGACCGAGACUCCAUGGACACACGCAUGUUCGAACUGGAAGAGGCGUUUGACACCCUCCGAGAAGACACCACCCUGGCGCUGAGUGCCGACGAGCGGGAGCACGCUGCGCAGCUGUCAGAGGUGGAAGCCGACCACCGGCAGGCGCAGCAAGCACUAGCCGAGUGUCGAAGUCAGUGCGAGGCAGCAAAUGCCGAGCUCCACACGGUCAAGGCGGAGCUCUCUAGCUCACAGAAGCGGCUGGCCGAUCGGGCCAAGGAGUGCAAGGGACUCCAAGCUCAGGUGGUGAACUUUGCCCGCGAGCUGGAAAGGCACGAGGACGGGUCGAGGAUAAGACGGUCCAUGGUCCUCAAACGCAAACGCAACGAGGAGACACCCAUCGACGUCUUCUGGAGGAGCCAGGCAAGGGAGGUCCACGAGGCCUUUCUUGAUAUUCACCCCGAUCCGCACUUUGCGUUCGAUACUUACCGGACUCAUCGCGUGUGA